CCCCAUAUCCACAAACUCAAACCUCCAUUACUCUACUCUCCCAAGCUCACUCACUCUCUCUCUCUGUUUCUUGCUCUCCUCUGAACAACUGGUUUUGGCACAACCAUAAUGGCAAUGGCUUCCGCAACAGCAACACUGUCAUUCAAAACCCCAUCUCUUUCUCUCUCUCCUCCCUCAACUCGAUGCUCUGCAGCUCAAGGCAUUUCUCUUACGCAUUUCAACAAACAGCUUAAGAGCACUCUCAACCUUAGCUCUUCCAGCAGCAUUUCAUCUUCUAAGGUUCAACCUAUUGUUCUUAAGAAUAAGAGAAUCUCCACCGUCGAUUCUUCUGUCUCUACUUCUUCUCCUUCUUUCACUGUUUUCGCUGCUAAAGGGUACAAGAUGAAGACCCACAAGGCCUCAGCAAAGAGAUUUAGGGUAACUGGAAAGGGGAAGAUUGUGAGGAGGAGAGCUGGGAAGCAGCACCUUCUCGCCAAGAAGAACACUAAGAGGAAGAAUCGUCUCUCCAAAUUGAUUCAAGUUGAUAGGAGUGAUUAUGACAAUGUGAUCGGCGCAUUGCCCUACCUGAAAGUAAACAGGAAAGUAUAAUGGAAGCAACAUUUCCAUCAAAGACUCAGCAAAGUUUCUCUCCCUCUUGUAAUUUCGAAUCAUGUUUAGCAAUUAUGCUGUUAAUUCUAGCUAAUCGAUCAUUUACAUCCAAGAUUUUGUUAGUUCUUCUCUUUCAGCAUGUUCAUGUAACCAAAUGAUUAUUUCUGGAGCAAGUUCUUUUGUGGCUUAGUACAAUAUUGCUUAUGCUUGAAAGUUGUAACCAAAUGAAUCAAAGUCCAACAGAUAUGUGAAGCAGCUUUUACUGUAA